GCUUACUCUUCAGGAAAAUGCCACUAAUACUGUACGUGAGUGAUGCCAGCCCACCAGCCAGGGCGGUAUUGAUGUUGGCAGAAAUACUGCAAUUAGAAUUUGAUAAACAAUACAUCAAUCCAGUCUUACGAGAGCAAGAUUCACCGGAGAUGACCCAGAAAAAUCCAAUGAGGACAGUGCCCACUUUAGAAGAUGGAGAAUUCUGCCUAGCAGACAGCCAUGCCAUAAUUUUAUACUUAAUGGAGAAAUAUGGACAGAACCAUAGAAAUCUUUAUCCAGAAGACCUGAGAGUUCGGUCCACAAUACACCAAAGACUGUUCUUUGAUUGCAGUAUAUUAUUCCCAAGAUUAAGAGCCAUCAUGGCACCAACAUUUUUAGGCAAACUGAACCAACCUUCAGGAUCCAUGGUGACCAACAUUGAGGAUGCAUACAGGACUUUGGAGGCUUACCUGUCUCAAUCCAAGUACUUAGCUGGUCCAGAGAUGACUAUAGCUGAUAUAUCUGCUGUGGCAACCGUUUGUGGCUUAGAUGGAUUGCAUCCAAUCGAUGAAAAGAGACAUCCCAACACUCGAGAAUGGUUAGUAAAUAUGUCUAGAAAACCAUUUUACAGAAAAUGCAAUGCAGAAGGAAAUGAAAUGCUGAUAUCACUACUAAAAUCUUCAAUGAAAAAUAAUAAACAAAACGAUAAAAAAGCUAAAUUAUGAUUGAUUUGCGCAUUUAUUUUAAAAUAUGUACAUAGUUAUGUUAUGGUGCUAUAUUUAAUUAUUAUUUUGAUUGUAAAUACAGAGGUUGCGGACAAAAACACAAACAAAGAA